AUGGGUAUAGGAAGAAGUAAAGAAGGUAAAGAGAAGAAAGGAAAGAAAGUAUGCAAAAGAAUUUCGAAAGAAGAUUUAUUGGAAUUGGAAAGCAAAACAUAUUUUACUAAGAAGGAAUUACGGAAAUGGUAUAAAGAUUUUGUGAAGGAUUAUCCAACCGGAAAAUUGAAAAUAGAAGAAUUCCAGAAUAUUUACAAGAAAUUCUUCCCAAAUGGUGAUCCAACAAAAUUUGCUACAUUUGUAUUCAAUGUCUUCGACAGUAAUGAAGAUGGCUGUAUAUCAUUUCACGAAUUCAUUACAGCAUUAUCAAUUACAUCACGAGGUACACUCGAUGAAAAGCUAAACUGGGCUUUUUCAUUGUAUGAUAUGGACAAAGAUGGUUAUAUAACGAUGAAAGAAAUGACAGAUAUUGUUGAAGCAAUACAUUCAAUGAUCGGUAAUAUCCUUGAAUUACCCAAAGAUGAGAAUACACCUGAGAAACGAGUCGCUAAAAUUUUCUCUAAUAUGGAUCAUAAUCUUGAUGGUAAAUUAACGCUUGAAGAAUUCAAAAAAGGUUCUAAAAGUGAUUUGUGUAUUGUGCAAGCUCUUUCAACAGAUAUUCAUCCAUGA